CCGUGUGGCACGUUCUCCACGAAUUUUGUGGGAAGAAAUUGGUAAUGUAUCACUUCACUGACAAAUUCCUGUUGUAUUUCCGCUGUUGGUGAGCUUUUUUCGGGUGAUAAAUGUUGCUUUGCAUACUUGGAAAAGAUACACGUGCAGAUGGUGAGUGUCGGUUUUAGCGAUUUCAUAUUGCCAGGCAAACAGUUGGAUGAGCAACUCGGAUAUAUAAUUGUCUUAUUUGGAAGAAUGCGUGUUUUAUUACGGUAUAUAUUCACACUGGUGCAUGAACCAGGGCUUGUUUCUGCUCUUGAAUCCCACUAUCAUAGGUAUACAAGUAAAUGAGAGGUGAUACGAUGUGCUUGUAUUCAAUGUAUAGCAAUUUUAUUACCGGUUAUCGAUGUGUGGAUCUGGUAGAUGGAGAAGUUAUCAAACGAAUAAAAAGGGGUUGGCAUGAUAAAUGAUAGAUCCGCGUAAUAAAGGCGGUAUUUUGGAAUUAAACUUGAGCAAGCACUGUGGCAACACCACAAAUUUUACGUGGGAAUAAAAAAAUAAAAUACACAGGCCCAUGCCCCUUCCCCCUGAGCUGAACAAGGCGUUCACAUUUGAGCUUAAAAAUAUGCUCAUAAACAAAUUAAAUAUUCAGAACAAAGACAACUUGGAGAUUGAGGCCCGGCUUGGUAGUAUAACGGAAGUUUUUACGUCGGAACGGCUAAGGCUCAACACUUUUCAUCCGGUGAUACUGGAGCCUUCACAUGAUACAAGGUUCAAGACGGGUGUUGCGCUGAACUAUUUUACCAAAAUAAAGGAUCUGUUCAAAAAUGAAACCGGUACCAUAGAAAAGGACAGCGUGUGCCUCUUUAAAGGAUUCAGGACCACAUUAUCAAACGGUAAAACUACAACCAUCCGGAAGGAUCGGAUAGCAGCGUACGAUAUUUAUAUACCGAAUGCUGUGUAUGAUCUUAGAAUAGCCUUAUCGAGAGAAGUACCCGUGACCAAUGUAAUGAAAAGGACCUCUUAUAGGCGAGAAAGGGAACGCGAGAGCUUUGUAGUGGAUGAUUCUCGGUUUGAUUUUACAGUUACAAAAUCGGAGGGCACAGUAAAUUAUGAGGUCGAAGUGGAGCUCAUUAACGCAGAUUCUAGCUUGGAUACUUUUGUUGAUGUUGCAUUUAACGUGGCACUGUUAAAUUUGCAAUAAAUUUUUGUUCAUGAAUGCUAGAGGGUGUUGCUGUUCGUUACAGAGUUUGAUGUGAGGCCAUUAUUAACCGAGUAAAACACGGGUUUAAUAAUAUGUUUGUUACACUCUCAGUCCGUUGGCGGAAAAGCAACUGUUAUAAACAAUGUUCUUCG